AUGGUUGGCUACUAUUGGCUUAAUUCACUUGAAGUAACACAAGUUACUCCUGAUCAUGCAGCUAAAAUUAAUGUCGGUGGUAGCAGCACCACUAUCCCUGAGUUUAUUGACAAGAAUAUCCCUGAAUUAGCUAAUGGUGCAACUGACACGUUGUCUCCACUUUUAUUCAACGGUCAUCUGCAAACAGCUUAUACCGCGCUGGCGUCCUUUGAAAGCAUUGAUCAAGUGAACUACAAGAGAAUCAUGUUAAAAUAUCCAGAUGGCGGUGUAGGUGCCUUGGAUUUUGCUAUGAAGGAACCUGAUAAUAAAACUGAAUAUGUACCUGAGGGCCAGACUCCUCUAGAUGCAUUAAACUCACAUAUGCCCGGAAGAUUUUAUACCUACAUGGAUCCUAAUGAUGCCAGACUUCGCUCCAAUGAUAGUAAACCCUUGUUAAUUGCACUACAUGGUCUAACUGGUGGUUCACAUGAGAGUUACGUAAGGUCUAUGGUGAGGACUCUGCAAAAUAAAUAUGAUUUUGAAGCAUGUGUCCUCAACUCUAGAGGGUGUUGUAAUUCUGCUAUUACCACAGCUCAACUUUACAAUGGUGGUUGGACUAAUGAUAUCAGACAUUGUGUAAAAGAGCUGAGAGAAAUGUAUCCCAACAGAAAAUUUUACAUGAUUGGAUUCUCCUUGGGUGCAUCUAUACUUACAAAUUACCUAGGCGAGCAAGGUGAUAAGUCGGAUAUAGAAUUGGCAAUUGCGUUCGGUACACCUUUUGAUCUAAGUCAUUCUGCUAAAUGCAUAUCAGAGUCUAGAAUAGGAAGUAGAGUAUACUCACCGAAGCUUACGCAAAAUCUUCUAAGGUUGGUUAAGAGUCAUGAGGAAGAAUUGACCAAAAAUGAGAAGUUCAGAAUUAAAUAUGAGAGUUACGCGGCCAAUCUGAAAUCGGUUACUAGGUUUGAUGAUCUAUUUACUGGUCCUAUGUUUGGCUAUCGAGACGCUGAGGAUUAUUACCAAAAUUCUUCUUCUUACAAGAGACUGCUAGGUAUUAGGACCCCUUACAUCGCUAUAAAUUCUGCUGACGACCCCAUUGUUGGGUACCAAGCCCUUCAUGAAAAUAUGUUCAGGGCAAAUCCAUACACAACACUGAUUAGAACCUCAAUUGGUGGGCAUAUAGCAUGGUUCAAGGAUAUGAAGGGUGAUAGAUGGUACACUGAACCUGCUUGCAAACUAAUUGCAGAUUACCACAGUAAGAUUGUUAGUCAGGAUCAUGCUAUAAAUGUCAAUAUAAAUGAUUUACCAAAGGAAAGCAUUGAGCCAGUUAAGACGACAUACAGAGAUGACUUAUAG